CUUCACAAUGAGGAUGACCCCCCAGAGUCUUCAGAAGCUGAGCAGCCUUCCACGUCUACAGAGACUACACAAACUCCCCAGACGGCAGCCUUAUCUGACGCAGAUACUUCCCCUCCACCUUACUGUAGCAUAGCUGUAGAAACAGCUGCAACCUCAGAAACACACAAUGAAUUUUAUCCUGUACCACCUCCAUACAGUGUAGCUACCUCCCUUCCUACUUACGAUGAAGCAGAGAAGGCCAAAGCUGCAGCAAUGGCAGCUGCUGCAGCGGAAGUUACCCAACGACACACCCAGUUUAGGGAGUCUAGGAGUCUGUUUGAUGAAAUAUUCCUCAGUCGUCCAGAGGAAGAAGAGUAUCCACCACGGGAUGAUUUCAGUGAUGCAGAUCAGCUUAGAGUGGGCAAUGAUGGCAUCUUCAUGUUGGCAUUUUUCAUGGCAUUUAUUUUCAACUGGAUUGGAUUUUGUUUAUCUUUUUGUAUAACAAAUACCAUAGCUGGAAGGUAUGGUGCAAUCUGUGGAUUUGGUCUCUCCCUGAUCAAAUGGAUUCUCAUUGUACGGUUUUCAGAUUACUUUACUGGAUAUUUCAAUGGACAGUACUGGCUUUGGUGGAUAUUUCUUGUACUUGGGCUCCUCCUGUUCUUUCGAGGCUUUGUUAAUUAUCUUAAAGUCAGAAAUAUGUCUGAAAGCAUGGCAGCUGCUCACAGAACAAGAUUUUUUUUCUUGUACUGAAGAUUGCAUCAGACAGACAUUCCUUCCCUAUACCGGUGUGAAACUUCCAGAUGAUCUGUAACCCUCUGAGUUAAUAGGAUAGAAGACUACUAAAACCAGACGACAAAUUAGUGAAGAUACGGCUUCAAAAAUGAGUGACAGGAUGGUUUAUGCUCAAACACCAGUUCUGGUCAUUCUAGAGAAUAUUUUAAAUUGCUGCCUUUUGUUUUAGCACAUUUGUAUAUGUGCUUAUUAAAAAGUUAGUAUUGAAGUAAGAACAAACCAUCUGUUAUUAUAGAUUAGGUACAAUCAGACUCGGUUAAUCUGCGCUUGUUAUAUCUGAAAGAUUCAAGUGGUAACUUGUUUCACAGUGUGUAUCUACCACUGAUUUGUUGAUCUGAACUUUGAGUAGAAUGAAAUGCAUUAAAUGAUUCAGAUUAACCAGUUCAGACAAUUUUUUAUAUAAUUAAAUUCAUCUAAUGAUUGUGUUAUAGAGUUUUGAGUUUACUAAACCCCAAAGUUCCUUGUUGUCACAAACUUGUAUUUGCCAAUAUUUUAUCAAAUUCAAACCAAUAUACUGGUUUGCUUAAAACUGAUACUCCACUUGA